AUGACAGGCACAGGAGCAAGACCUUUGAACGUAACCGUCGUUGGCGCUGGUAUCGGUGGACUGGCGGUCGCAGCCGCGCUGAGAAAGUGUGGACAUGUUAUCAACGUAUACGAAAGCUUCGAAGUCAAAACAGAAAUCGGCGCCGGAGUUGGAAUGCAAAGCAAUGCCGUCCGUGUGCUCAAAUCUCUGGGUUACAAACGAGAAAAUCUGAAAGGCGGGAUUUUCGAUGGGAUGACAAUCCAUAAUGCCGAAACAGCAAAGUUCAAGAAAUUCCCAACGCGCAACUGGGAUUCCCUUAGAAAAGAGGGCCUCGAGAAUUUCUCAUGUCAUCGCGGCGACCUUCAUGCCGAGCUUCUUCGACUUGCUACCGAGAAAGAUGCUGCCGAUGGGCCGCCUGCAAAAUUGCACUUCGGUAACAAAGUCGUCAGUUGUGACCCAGAGGCUGCAACUAUCACCCUUGCCAACGGUGAAACGGUGACCUCAGAUCUUGUCAUCGGGGCCGAUGGUAUCCAUUCCAUCGUCCGGACAAGCGUCUUGGGGAAAGAGGUCCAAGCAGAACCGACUGGAUGGGCGUGUUACCGCUGCAUGUUCGAUGCAUCCAACAUCAAUGAUCACCCGGAAUUCGACUGGGUUCUUAAGAAUAUGAAUACCAUCCGACAAGAAGGCUCUCAGCUCGCCGAGCACAUCGUCUACGGCGUUCGUGGCAGCACGCUGAUCAACUUUGUUGCGUUCGAUAGCCACGAGGGGCGGGAUACCAAAAGACCUAUCGCGCAACCUGCAACCAAGGAAGAGAUUUGGGCAAGAUACCCGACGUUCCACGAGAAAUUCCGCCAUCUAUUCGACCUUCCUCUUGCGACUCCCGUUCUUCGAUGGGAGCUUCGCGCCUUGCCGCUCCUCCCCACUUGGAUCAAGGGCCGGGCUGCCAUCAUCGGUGAUGCGGCUCACGCGACGCUGCCGCUGCUGGGACAAGGGGCUGGGCUGGCGCUUGAAGAAGCUGACCAAGUACCCGCCCGACUCGCCGCAUUCCAAGACCUGCGCAAAGAACGCGGGGAGUUUGUCAAUGUGCAGUCCGUUGCCCAGGCAGACCCGGAGUACCGCGUCAAGUUCACGAAAACAUCAUGGGACGAACAACGCGCAAAAAGAGCUUACCCGGGUCCAGUUCCUAGUGCUCGCAAACGGCCAUUCCAACUUGAAUCUCUUCUCGCAUCCCUCCACUUCAACAAAAGCCCUCCAACCAAGGCAACUCUCUCGUAA